AUGGGGCCCCGGGGCCGACAGCAGGGACAGAAUUCAGUUCAGGCAGAGGUUGAGGAGUUUUCUCACCGACGUUCGUCGCGGAGAGCAGUCUACUAUUUUCCUUUCCGGGUAAGACCAGGGUUGAGUCAACAACCAGCACAAGAUGGGGCCGGCCUCCAGGAGGCAUUGCAUGACAAGAUGUCUAAUCUGGUGGGGUUCCUGCUCCUCAAGUACCGCACUAAGCAGCUGACCACAAAGGAAGUGAUUCUGAGAACCAUCCUCAACAAUGAUGAGGAGAAUUUCUCUUUCAUUCUAAGCCAGGUGUCUGAGUGCCUGCAGCUGGUGUUUGGCAUCGAUGUGAAGGAAAUCAACCCCCAAAUCCAUAGCUAUGUGUUGGUCACCACCCUGGGCCUCACUUAUGAUGGCAUGGUGGGCCCUCAGCAAACCAUGCCCAAUACCGGCCUGCUGGUGAUGGUCCUGGGGGUCAUCCUUCUGGAGGAUGAUUGUGCCUCUGAGCAGGCUAUCUGGGAACAAUUAGCUUUGAUGGGAGUUUAUCCGGGGAGGAAGCACUUCAUUUAUGGGGAGCCCAGGGAGCUCCUCACCAAUGUGUGGGUGCAGAACCAGUAUCUGGAUUACAGGCGGGAGCCUGGGAGUUACCCAGCCCGCUACCAGUUCCUCUGGGGCCCCAGGGCACACGCAGAAACUAGCAAGGUAGAAGUCAUGGAGUUUUUGCUCAAUAUCAUUAACAGUGAUAAUAGGCCCCUCACGUUCUUAACUGAUCGGCCUCUUUGCAAAGAUGAGGACGAAGUGGCCUGA